GUUCCGGAAAUAGCUAGAGCAGUCGUGAACAAGGAUGGUUAUCAAGUUUCCAUCUAUGAGCCCGAUCAAUACAAGAAGUUUAAUAGUGACUACAACACCACGUUGGACAGAACGAAGCUCGUCAACUACCUGUUCAUGCGCCUUCUUCUGCAGAAUGCUCAAUAUCUUCCGACCACUGCUGGAGGAGUUAUUCAAAAUGUUAUCCACUCCUUCCAAGGGAUGAUCGAUCAGUUGGAUUGGAUGACUCCUGAGAUCAAGAAGAAGGCAAAUGAAAAGACCAACGGAAUCAUUCAAAACAUCGCUUUUCCUGACUGGAUCAUGAACAACACACUUCUUGAUGCGUAUUACAAAGAUCUCACGUUCGAUCCAAAGGACAACUACUACGACAUGUGGACAAAACUCAUACUAUUCAACCUUGGCGUUCAGUAUAAGCAGUUGACAGCCCCUUCGACUGAUCGCCACGAUUUCUUAGGUCAACCGGGUACAGUAAACGCUUGGUAUCAGCCCGAAUUGAACUCCAUCACCUUUCCUGCCGGUAUCCUUCAACCUCCAUAUUUCCAUCCUAAAUGGCCGGCUUCAAUCAAUUAUGGAGGAAUGGGUCUUGUUGCAGGGCACGAACUAACUCACGGAUUCGACGACGAAGGUGUCCAGUGGGGACCUGGAGGAGAGAUCGCAUUCCCAGCUAACGCGAACUGUAAGGGUUGGAUGGACCAGAAUUCAACUGCGGGCUUUACAAAGAUGGCAGGAUGCGUUAUCGAAGAGUAUAAUAAAUUCUGCCCCCUUGACCCCAACAAGUACACUCCCAACUGUGUGAACGGUGCCCAGACACAAGGAGAGAACAUUGCAGACAACGGAGGUAUUCACGCUGCCUUCCGCGCCUACCGCACUCACAUCGCUUUGGACGGCCCAGAUCCAUUGCUACCGGACCGUCUUUUCGGGCAGUUCACUCACGAUCAGCUGUUCUUCUUGAACUUCGCUCAAGUUUGGUGUGAAAAGGAGCGUACACAAGACUUGCAGUACAAACAACUCAUGGUCGAUCCCCACUCUCCAUCGAAAUAUCGAGUAUUCGGAACAAUUCAGAACUAUCCAGCCUUCCAAGUAGCUUACAAUUGUCCAGCCAAUUCUGCAUAUUCUCCCAACCCACACUGUAACGUGUGGGUACCUUUCUAUGAACCGUAG